AUGGCCCUGAGCGGGGGCGUGUGUGUUGUGACCGGGGCUUGUGGAUUUCUGGGGAAAAGACUGAUCCGGCUGCUGCUGGAGGAAGAGAACUUUUCCGAAAUUCGCCUGGUGGACACAAAUAUUAAACUUGAGGACGUUCAACAUUUUAAUGACUGCAGCAGCAGCAGCAGCAGCAGUACUCGGGUUCGUGCCUGUGAAGGAGACAUCCGGGACGAGGUCUUCCUGAGACGAGCCUGCAGAGGGGCGUCCCUGGUCUUCCACAUUGCCGCCCUCAUCGACGUUUUGGGAACUGUGGAGUUCAGUGAACUGCAUGGAGUGAAUGUGACAGGCACUCAGCUUCUCCUGGACGUCUGUAUCGAGGAGAAUGUGUCCUCCUUCAUCAUCACCAGCUCCCUGGAGGUUAUGGGUCCAAACCCACGGGGUGAUCCCAUCCACAGCGGCACAGAGGAAACUGUGUAUGACUCCUCCUCCCUGAAGUCUCUCUACGGUAUAACCAAGAAGGAGGCAGAGGAAAAGACCCUCCAGGCAAACGGUAAACUGCUGCCUGAUGGGACGCGGCUGGCCACCUGUGCCCUACGACCCAUGUACAUCUAUGGGGAGGGGUGUCGCUUCCUCCGGGGACACUUGGCAGACGGACUGGGCAAUAACAAUGUCCUGUACCGUAUGUCUUUAAAGGAAGCAAAGGUGAACCCUGUGUAUGUUGGUAAUGUGGCCUUUGCUCAUCUCCAAGCAGCACGCUGCCUAAAAGAUCCCACAAAGCGACAAGUCGCGAGUGGGAAGUUUUACUUCAUAUCAGACGACACGCCUCCAGUGAGUUACUCAGACUUUAGCCACGCCCUGAUGUCCCCUCUGGGGUUUCAUAUUCAAGAUAAACUGCCCUUGCCCAUGAGUUUGCUGUACGCAGGGUGUUUCAUUAUGGAGAUGGUCAGUAUGAUGCUGCGCCCUUUCAUUACUCUGGUCCCACCUCUGAGCCGACAGGUGCUCACAAUGUUGAACACACACUUCACUUUCUCAUAUCAGAAAGCACAGACGGAGCUGGGAUACACUCCCAGAUUCAGCUGGCAACAAGCAAGCAAGGGCACUACAGAGUGGCUCGCAGGGCAGCUCCCGGCACUGCAAGAGAAACUGUAA